CGUCAACACGAAGAACAUACACCCAAAUACCAACAAGGACCGCACUCCUCCCCGCUUCUACCGAGAGAGAUUAAGCUAAGCUGAUUCGAUCAAUCCACUUCGAUUCCUAUUGGUCAUACUUGUUGUCAAUAUCUCCAAGUUUCUUCAGAUCAAAUUGUCUACAAAGAUGGGUGGAAUUUUCUUCGGUUUCCAUCGUCGUCUUAAUCCUUCUCUCGCAAUAAGCAGGGGCAAAAGAUGAUUGAUGCUUGCGAGUUUUCUAGGGAUCGAAUGAUUAUGUUAUUGCUUGCUGAAGAACUAGUAUUUUUCACACCGCUAAAACCCUAAUCGAAGUAGUCACUGCCGAUAUGCAAAGGAACUGAUAUGAAUAGGCAAGAUCUAGGGAACACCAUGACUGUAAGAGCAAAACCUGGUCUAGCGGCUUUCAAAACUAAUGGCCAGAGGGAGGAUGAAGGAGAGUCUAGAAUGGAUCCAUAUGUAGGGUUAGAAUUUGAUUCUGCAGAAGCGGCACAGGAGUUCUAUAAUUCUUAUGCAACUCAAAUCGGAUUCAAAAUUAGGAUUGGUCAGUUAUAUAGAUCCAGAGUUGAUGGGUCAGUUGUUUCAAGAAGAUAUGUUUGUUCAAAGGAGGGUUUUCAAACCAACUCAAGAACUGGUUGUCCAGCUUUCAUAAGAGUACAGAAGGGAGAUUCUGGGAAAUGGGUUCUAGCAAACAUAAAGAAGGAGCAUAAUCAUGAUCUUGACAUCUCAGGUGAAGUCCGUACUCCCACUAUACAAAGAAAAGUUAUUCCAGCUCCAAAAACAACAUCAGUUGUGUCAUCAAGGACAGGAAUCAGAUCACUUGAGGAUGAUGGCCCAUCGGGUGUUAUUGAUCUUAAACGUCUUAAAAGGGAAGAGUUAGAAGCAGAACCCAGAGGUGAGCCUUGCAAAGGUCUUGAUUUCAUAUCUGCUAAUGAAGCAUACAAAUUUUACUACACAUAUGCAGCUAACAUGGGUUUCAAAGUGCGGAUUGGUCAAUUGUUUCGUUCAAAAAAUGAUGGAUCAAUUACGUCUAGAAGAUUUGUGUGCUCCAAGGAAGGGCAUCAGCACCCUUCAAGAGUAGGUUGUGGAGCGUUCAUGAGGAUACAAAGGCAAGAUUCUGGUAGAUGGGUGGUUGAUCGUCUAUCAAAGGAACACAAUCAUGAACUUGACUCUCCGGAAGACGCCGGUCGGAAAAUCGCUGCUGCUGCGAAAGGUUUUAAGGAAGAACUGAGUAGUGGAUUGGAAAAUUUGGAUUUACUUGAAACAAACGGUGGUUUGAGCCUUGUCAAAAGAGACAGAGGAAGUGGCAUUGGAAGUAGGUGGUAUAGUGUGCUCCUUGAGUACUUCCAGUCUCGUCAAGCUGAAGAUACAGGCUUCUUUUAUGCCUUGGAAGUUGACAAUGGCAGAUGUAUGAGUCUAUUCUGGGUCGAUGGCAGGUCGAGAUUCUCCUGCACUCAGUUUGGUGAUGCUAUUGUUUUUGAUACAUCGUACAGGAGAGGGAGUUUUACAGUUCCGUUUGCUUCUUUUGUUGGUGUGAAUCAUCAUCGGCAACCAGUGCUUUUAGGAUGUGCGUUAAUCGCAGAUGAGUCAGAAGAGUCCUUUACAUGGGUUUUCCAAGCAUGGGUUAGAGCAAUGUCUGGAAAGCGUCCCGUAUCUAUAAUUGCCGAUCAAGACAAAUGCAUUCAAAAUUCAAUUGCACAAGUUUUCCCGGGAACCCAUCAUCGGUUUUCCGCGUGGCAGAUUGUUUCUAUGGAGCAUGAAAAUUUGGGGGCACUACGGUCCAUGGAUGAGUUCAAAUUUGAAUAUGAAACUUGCAUUUCACAGAGCCAAACAGCUAGUGAAUUUGAUUCUGCAUGGAGUGUCCUGGUUACUAAAUAUAAUAUAAAGGAGAAUGCUUGGUUAAAGGAGAUGUAUAAAAUGCGAAAAAGUUGGGUCCCGUUGUAUUUAAGGGGGAUCUUUUUUGCUGGUAUCCCUGUUGAUGGAAGUAUGAAAUCCUAUUUUGGAACGUUUUUGACGUCACAAGUACCGCUUAAUGAAUUUCUAAUGCGUUAUGAGAAAGCUACCGAGCAUCACCGCGAGGAGGAGAGGAAGGAGGAUUUCAAUUCAUUCAACUUGCAAACUGUUCUUCAUACAAAAGACCCCCUAGAGGAGCAAUGUAGAAGGCUUUACACAAUAACAGUAUUCAAGGUGUUCCAAAAAGAGCUCUUGGAAAGCUAUAGCUACGUUGGAAUAAAGAUAAAUAUCGAGGGCGCAAUCAGCCGAUAUUUGGUGCAGAGAUGCGGCAAUGGAGAUGAGAGGAAUACUGUUGCUUUUAAUGCUUCAAAUCUUAACAUCAGCUGCAGUUGCAAGAUGUUUGAGUUCGAGGGUAUUCUGUGUAGGCACGCAUUAAAGGUGUUCCAGAUAAUGAACAUAAGAGAAAUCCCGUCUCGCUACAUCUUGCAUCGGUGGACAAAAAGUGCCAAGUACGGAAUUCUGCGGGAUGUCGAUUCUAUUGGUGGAUCUCAAGAUUUUAAAGCAUUGAUGGUAUGGAGUUUAAGAGAAGAAGCCCAUAGCUAUAUCGACGCAGGGGCAGCAUCUAUAGAAAGAUACAAACUGGCGUUUGAGAUACUGCAAGAGGGUAGGCGUAAUCUCUGUUGGCAAAAUUGAAGAGCAUACUGAACAAAGGUCCGUAACAUCUCAUCGACUUUACGCUUCUAUUACUUUAAAUUCUCAAACCAGUGUAGGGUUCAAGAUUCUAAUAUUAUGAAACUUGCAUGCAUGGAUGACCAUAUCUCUGGUGGUUGUUUUCAGCAGUGUAUUUCAGUGGGAAUUUUAUUUCCCUAAUAGAACAGAAACCAUGUCAUCCAUUUGUAAUUUGCAUUUUAGCUUUUAAUAUCUCAAGUAGCACCUGUUUGUGGUAAGCGGAUGUUUCCUUGAAAUUUGUCGGUUUUGG